AUGAAUGGAAAUUGGAGAAAAGAGACUCGAGCAAAUGAUGUUGUGAUUUUGGAGCAUGAAAUUGAUAGGUACAUCACCGACCUUAUUAAAGAUGUGGUUGAUGAAUUUGAUGUUUUGAAGUGGUGGAAAUUGAAUGGGGUUAAGUAUUCGGGUUUGGCACUUAUUGCAAAGGAUGUGCUCGCCAUCCUGGUAUCAACGGUGGCUUCGGAAUCAUGUUUUAGCAUGGGUGGUCAGAUAUUAUGA